CCCUUGGUCUCCUUGCAGCCGCCGCGCCUCUCUCUCGCACACAACUUCGCCGGGCUUGGUCAGAGCAAGACAAACCGCUUGGCCGGGUAUUCUGCGGGCUCGAAAAGAGAGUAUUUGUAUUAUUUUUGUCACCGCGACUCCUCCACAGACACACAAACAGACACCAUGAGGGAAAUUCUCCACCUGCAGACCGGCCAGUGCGGUAACCAAAUCGGAUCAAAGUUCUGGGAAAUCAUCAGUGACGAGCAUGGCAUCGACCCCAUGGGCGUGUAUCAGGGCACGAACCGAGACAUCGAGGAACUGCAGCUGGAGAGAAUCAACGUGUACUUCAACGAAGGCUCCGGGUACCACCACUACGUUCCUCGCGCCAUCCUGGUCGACCUCGAACCCGGCACGAUGGACUCCGUGAAAGCCGGGCCCUACGGACAGCUCUUUAAGCCAGAUAACGUCAGAGCGGCGCAGGAAACAACUGGGCGAAGGGGCACUACACAGAAGGCGCUGAACUGGUCGACUCCGUGCUCGACGUCGUCAGGAAAGAGGCCGAGAACUGCGACUGUCUCCAGGGCUUCCAGCUCCUCAUCUCCAAGAUCCGCGAGGAAUACCCCGACAGGAUCAUGAACACUUUCUCCGUCGUGCCAUCCCCCAAGGUUUCUGACACCGUGGUCGAGCCCUACAACGCCACCCUCUCGGUCCACCAGCUGGUUGAGAACACAGACGAAACCUACUGCAUCGACAACGAAGCUCUCUACGACAUCUGCUUCCGCACCCUGAAACUCGCCAACCCGACCUACGGUGACCUGAACCACCUGGUGUCGCUCACGAUGUCCGGCGUGACCACCUGCCUCCGCUUCCCCGGCCAGCUGAACGCCGACCUCAGGAAGCUGGCCGUCAACAUGGUGCCGUUCCCCCGUCUCCACUUCUUCAUGCCCGGCUUCGCCCCGCUCACCGCCCGCAACGCCGUCGGAUACCGCACCCUCAACGUCCCCGAGCUCACGCAGCAGAUGUUCGACGCCAAGAACAUGAUGGCGGCGUGCGACCCGCGCCACGGCCGCUACCUGACCGUGGCCGCCGUGUUCCGAGGCAAGAUGUCCAUGAAGGAGGUCGACGAGCAGAUGCUCAACAUCCAAAACAAGAACACGCCCUACUUCGUCGAAUGGAUCCCCAACAACGUGAAGACAGCCGUGUGCGACAUCCCCCCGCGAGGCCUCAAGAUGGCCGCCACCUUCAUCGGCAACUCGACCGCCAUCCAGGAGAUCUUCAAGCGCAUCUCGGAGCAGUUCACGGCUAUGUUCAGGCGCAAGGCUUUCCUCCACUGGUACACGGGCGAAGGCAUGGACGAGAUGGAGUUCACGGAGGCCGAGUCCAACAUGAACGACCUGGUGUCCGAGUACCAGCAGUACCAGGAGGCCACCGUACCGACUAAAUUUUCAGCGGAGACUCAAGGAAAACGGAAUUAAGAAAAAGAAAACGCACGUGAUUAUUGUUCCUGUCGAAUCCGAUCCAAUCAUGAAUAUAUAUCAGCAAAAAACAUAUCCCCAGGAAGGCCCACAACGGCGCGACCUUCGGCUUCUCUUCCUCAGACACCAGAGCGCCGUGGGGUCCGACCUGGCCUGGCUAAGGGUCAUCCUGUAGCCAAGUCCCUUCUCCGGGCUCUUGCACUCUGAUUUCUGUUCCGGCACACUAUCAAAUAUUUUUUGCUGCGUCAAUGCUUCCCAAUAUCCACUGCAUUCUGUAUUUCUUUUCUUUUGUUGGGUUUAAGCGUUGAUGUGCUUGAUGAUUCUAAAAAGAGAAAAAAAAUGUUAAUUUAAUCAAAUACCAAAACAAUAAGAGAUUCUAAUAAAUUAUUCAAACGUUAACUGGUGCUAUUUACAAACAAAAACACAAUGAUUAUCAGAUGUCAAUGAACCUUUAUGUCCAAACGCUUUAAUGUUAUCAUAUAGCUAAUAUUGGUUCUAAUUAUCUUUGCAAUUGCAAGAAAACGCGCAGUGCAAGAUGCCUUUCGUCCCGUCCAACCUGUCAAGUUCCCCUCAAGAGCGUCCGAUGCCAUUUGUUUGGCGUUUUUGUGUCAGAUUGCUUUCAUACUAAUUGGUCCCAGGGUACCACGUCCCGACAGUGCCAUAUAAUUGGAGACUAUUGAUCCUACACAUUAAAUUAUAUAUAUAAAAAU